AUGGCCUUCUACAAUAGAAAAAUGAUGCAAAACAAGGAGAUUAUUAAAGCUUGGCGAGCCGGACAUCGGAGGAAAAUACAUAGUGAUGAAGAAAUUAGUUUACCUGAGAUAUGCGGUGAGAUUGGACACUGGAUGCGGCGCGACCGCCACCCCCGCAACCGUCUCUCUCUACGCAGCUUCUCUGUCCUGCUCUCCGGCGCCAUACGGCUCUACAGGGACCAAAUCAAUCUCUUGUUGAAAGAUACUUUCAAAUGCAGUAUAAGCCCAGUGUCAGUCUUUACACCUGUUGACCACACAAUCUCAGAGUCUUCAGUAGAAGAAUUAACCGAGUUUAUGCCCGGUAUAGAAGCUACUAACACGAGAGAAAAUAAUUCUUCUGAAAACGGAUAUCCGCCCGAAUCAACUGAAUACAAUACGGACACAGAAUCAUUACCUCCUGAUGAUUCAUAUGAAACUAUUGCCGAUGACGACUCUACUGUGUUUACAGUUACAUCUAAAACUAUAGAGCAAACUUACUCCGAAGAACAAGACGCGUCCGAAAAAACAAGAGACCAAAUGAUCCAAACAUCACCAGCUCCAUCCGAUAAUUUCACCAAUUUCGACCCUAACCUCCCGUUCGGAUACAUCAUAGUCCACGACAACUUCCACUCUAGGAUACCUAGCAAGAUAUUAUUUUCUAGCCUUUCUGAAAACGCUAGAUUCCUGCCCAUUCACAGACCAAUGCUCUGAGAAUACUUUGCCAGAUAAAUACCGUACCGAAUUAUUACAUUUAUUUUG